ACUGAAAUAAAAAUUAUCUUAAUAUUAACUGAUAAUGGACUAUAUAAAUAGUCCAUUAUCAGUUUAUAUUAAGAUAAUUUUAAAUAAAGUCGGCAAAUCAAAUAGUUAUAUGCAUUCGGUUGCGUUGCGUGAACUACUUAUCAAAUAAAUAUGGCACAAGAGUGGCAGGUGGAAGGCAAAAACUUUUUGAUAACAGGAGGGGCUUCGGGACUGGGAGCCGCGUAUGUGGAAGCAUUUUUAAAGCUGGGAGCAGAAAAUGUCGCAAUAUUGGAUAUCAACGAGAAACGGGGCAAAGAGUUUGCUGCAAAACUCAGUGAGACGUACGAGAGUAAAGCCAUUUUUAUCAAAUGUGACGUCAGCAAUGAAGAAGAAAUAAAAAAUAGCUUUGAACAAGUGCUAACUGCAUUCAAAAGGAUAGACGUUAUAAUCAACAACGCUGGGGUCAUGGAUGACUCUAUAGAUGUAUGGAGAUUGUCUUGUGAUAUCAAUUGGCAAGGCCUCGUUUCGUUUACGAGGAAAGGUAUAGAACACAUGCGUAAGGAUAAAGACGGAUCAGGUGGGACUAUUAUAAACAUUUCUUCGACAGCGGCGUUAACAAGAGUGGAUAUUUUACCAACGUACUGUGGUAGUAAGGCUGCUGUAUUACACUUUAGUAGAAGCCUUUCGUCACAAGAGUUCUACGAUAACACGGGAGUUCGCAUACUGACGUUAUGUUUAGGACCGACUGCAACACCUCUUCUUGACAACAUUGAACCUAAAACUAUAGACCAAAAAUUCUCGAAGUCGUUUCUUGCUUAUACAACGGCUUACCCUUAUUCUAACCAAAGCAUCGAAUCUGCUGUAACAGCUUUCGUGAAGAUGUUCCGCGAAGGAAACCCGGGGUCAGUGUGGCUGGCUGCUCGAGACAGGACCGGGCAAGACAUCACUUCAGUGUUGGACGAAGCUGAAAAUGUUGUAAAAAAUAUUGUUUUCCCUUCGGAUGUCCCUGCUUAUGCCAAAUAA